AUGGCGGCAUCAGCGUCACCGUCCGCAUCUUCGUAUCCCCUAAUGAGAGCGGCAACAGCAAAUGCCACAUUUCCCCAUGCCAGCGCAGGUGGGGGUAGUCUUGGCAGCGGCGACAGCAACAGCAGCCUUAGCUGCUGUGCCAGCAACAACAGCAGUAAACAAAAUCUAAACAACAGUUCAUUAACACUGCCAGCAUCGCCGGUGCCUUCGGCGGAUUAUAAUAACAGCACCAUUACGAACACCACCCCGUCAAUGGCAUGUUUUUCUCCAAAUUCAACAACAACAACAACAUCUUCAUCGUACAAUACAGCAAAUGCAAUGCCGGCAUUUAUGCCUUCGUGUUCCAAUCCAAACAAACAAUGUGUUUUUAAUUUAACCAAUUCACCACCCAUUACACCCGAACCGUAUCCCUAUCGUAAAUCGCUAUCGUUCUCCACACCGAUAUCAACGACUACAACUCGUCCAAAAAUAACUCGCAAUUCUAGCCGACAUAGCUUGGGAAAUUAUGCCGUAACACCAGCAUCAAUGACAGCAUCAAAUACUGGACAUCAUCAUCAUCCACGACGUAGUAGCCUCUGGCCUGAGGCAUUAAUGAUAAAUACUCGGAAUUUUGCAACAAAGGAUACUGAAAGGCGUACAUCGAAUUUGACG